UUCCUCUUUUGACGAUGUUACCUGCGCUCUGAAAUAAACGCUUUAGAACAAAUCUACAGUUUCCGUGAUUUUCAGAUCCAAGGUUGGACAGCAUGAUGAUGGUUGGCACUUUGUAUAUCUGUCAAAGAGAAAAAGUCUCUCAUAGAUAGGAGAUCGAAAGAAAUUUGUAGGCCUUAGAGACAGAACAAUAAGCUUACAAUAGACAUAUUAGAGGAAUAUGGGAAAACAUUUAAAGUUUUGAUGCAAACUCAAAAAGUUUACAGAAUUCUGGAAUAACAUCAAGAUUGAGAAGUACUGUACUAUAUCAUGGCACAUUUAAUAUGUAAUUAAAUAUUAAGUUAGUUUUCUUUUCACAGUAGGUUAUCACCAUUCUGGCCUCUUUAUUUUUUGCUGUAAAUUAUGCAUAAAUAAAGGAAGCUCGUGUUUUAAAAUAACGCGAUCAACUUUUCAGAUCUCUCUGGCUGUUUGGCAGGACAGGGGUUAACAGCCAGGCACUGGAUUUCAAGGGAGAGAAUUCUGCCCUUAUUGCUGUCUGUAGGGAGAGGGUGUCUCAGGAGAAGUUUCCCCAUUCACUACGGACCCUGCUAACAAUGAACAGCCUUCCUGCCGCUCUGCCUUAAGUGCUUUUAUAAAUCUGUACCUGGAAUUAAAGCAAGUCCCAAACUUGAUAAUGUAAAACCACCUGGGAGUAUAUACGAAUAACUCUUCUUUGGUGAAAUGUUGCAGAGUAUUCUCAGACAACCUGCCGGUCUUUUUGCUGUCAGAAUCUACUUUUUUGCUUGUCCUUGCUGGAGAACAAGGAACAGCCAACUUCAUAGAAUUCAGAUGUACACUGAAGCCUGAUGGACACUAUCCGCGAGAAGCCUCUUUAGCCCAGCAAUCGGGACACCCCUUUUGGUGGACUAUGCUUCUGUCUCGGAGCCAAGCCUUCUACUGAGAUGGUUCCGCUGAUGGCCAUGACAGAGCUUUUCCUGCUUUUGGGCUGGGUGUGGAGAUCGAAUGGCCUCUGCUCCCCCACCGCUUUUUACAAGAACUGCUGGAUCCGACAGUUCCCGGGCCUGACCAUAGACCUGGAGCCUUCGCAGAAGAGAGGGGCCCACGUCCUGAAGAUAUAUUCACCAGCCUCAGCCCAGCAGUGCAGUCAGACGUGCUGCCUCCUUAAGAAUGUUUCCUGUAACCUGGCAGUUUUCUACUCUGGAACCAAUAAUCGCAGCCUUUCCUGCCUCCAUGCUUAUUGUCCAGCACGGGAGAGCUGCAUAUUGAAGCCAGGGAGCAGUGUUGUAUUGUACAACAUCACACCCGGAAUCGAUCCAGAUCUUCUGGUAUUUGAGAAGCUGUCUUUUAAAGAGCCAAAUACCAGAUCUUUUAAUAAAUGGGAGAGGCACAGCAACGCAAGAGCUGUAGAUUCGGAAAAAUGCCAGGAGGCAUCCAUGAGUCCAGGGUGUCUUCCAACCACAGCCACCUCUUCCACCAUGCUCCAAGACCUGGUAGCCAGCAACACCAGCCGUAAUCCUGAAAACCACUCGAUCCACAAGGUUUUCUCCGCCACACAAUUCAGAUCUACAACUACACUACCCAAAGAGCAUUUCACUGAAGUGAUGGAGACUGUUUCAGCAAUGGAGGGCUCCACAGCUAAUUCAGACAAUGCAUCCUUGCUUCCUACUCCUACACUCACAUCUGUUAAAAUGUUAUCUUAUAUGCCCAGUCCUGCCCAUCUGAACAGCAGCAAACACUUAAAUGAAACCAAGGGCUACAGCGGGAGGAAUUACACUUCGGACAAUGAAAGCCAACGACCAGUCUGGGAAGGAGUAGAAAGGGGUAGCUGGUUGCUUCCCAUAGUGCUUUGCUCUUCCCUGGUUUUGAUCUGCUGUUGCAGUAUUCUUCUCGCAGUGGGAUGCCGCCGAAAGAGGAGGGGUCGCUACAAACCAAGGCGCAGGGUCGUGGCAGGACCGAGACAGUUCAUAAGAUACACAAUGGUUAACGAUAGCUUAUAAGGGGAAACACUCCAAAUACAAUGUAGGGGUGAAUAGCUCAUGUUCCUGAUGGGUAGAUGGAGCGGAGCUGUUUGUGUUUUUUAAAAAUUAAACAAUUUACUGUAUUUUGAAGUGUUUGUGUUUCGGAAUACUUCCGCAAAUAAGAUUAGAGAGUGACACAGCCCAUUUUCAAAUUGCACUUUCUCCAAUUUGCAA